AUGGAAAAUCAGUCCGAAGCUACUAGGAAACGAAAAAACACCGAGGAGGAAUCAACCGCUGGCUUCAAAAGGGCCCUUGUCUCUGCCGCUACCACCUAUGACCAUGGACUUAACGAAUUCGGUGCACAGGAACUGACCGCCGGAGGUGCGCCACAAGCCGGCACAAGACCCCACGGACAUGCUACUCGGACCCUCCCAACAGAUACUCGGAGAGAUCAGGGGCUGCCAGCACAUAGUACUGGCAAUCAACCCAGCCGGACACCUACCUCAUCCGAAGUACAAGCAGCGGACGCAGUACUGAGCACUAUGGUCGGUAUCCUGGCAGGCGCUGGAGACGGUGGACAUGGAAUGAGCCACACGCAACACUCAGAGUCCCACUCGGCCCUGUCAACCCAUUCAACUCAACACAACAGUAGCGCUUCUCAACAAGACGCGACAGGGAGAGUCAACGACGAUGUUUUGAACAUGCAGCACCAACUCCAACAACAGAUCCCAUUGGAUUCAUCACCAAACCGACUCACACACCACCAACUUUUGGAUACGAUGAGCAGUAUCCCCAACAUGCAUCUGCUGCUAGAAGAAAGUCUGAAGGGAACCCUGGGGCAGGAGAGGAACAGUACUGAUGAGCAAAGACGACGGGAGAAUGACUCCGAAUCUGCACAAAACGCGGCAAUUGAGGAUGCCAGAAGAGUGCUAAUGAACCUGGAAAGCGAUCCCUCUAUCCUGGUGACUCUUAAGCCACACUCCGUUCACACGCCUCAAACAAGUCAUCCCAGUUCGCCUCUACCCAACACCAAUAACGUCAGCGUUCCGCCAGUCGAGAAUCCGGGCAAGGGCAAGAAGAAAGGAAAGGCAGCACGAGCAAGCACCGGAUCACCUGCCAUGAAUGAGUCCAAUGCACCCGGUCUUGAUAUUCAGGACCAGGUGAAGAACGAUAUUGCAACAGUGACCAGUGACAACCCUCUGCACACCAAGUGGCUUAUGGCGACUGCUCUCAAGGACAAGGGCAUCAGCUACAAAACAGGAACAUUUAGCUCACACGAGGACGAACUCAUUCGAGAGACCAUCAAGGGUUACGUUGAGCGCAACAACAUGCCAGAGGAUGCCAUCCAGCGCUGGUUCGAGAACGGAAACGGGCGUGGUCGGUUUGAAAAGAACGACCUGAAAGCCCUGUGGGUCGAAAUUGCCGUUCGUCUCCAAAACCGACCUCUGCUCAACAUUUACCUGCACGUGCGCCGAAUGUUCCAUCCCCAGAACAACAUCGGCAUCUGGAGCAAAGACGACGACCAAAAGCUUAUCAUGCUCCACGCGCUGCACAAGGGCCAAUGGACGACCAUCGGAACAGAGCUCGGACGCAUGGCUGACAGCUGUCGUGACCGAUACCGCAACCAUCUCAAGGACCAGAGCACCAUGCUGACGGGACCUUGGCAGCCACACGAGGACGAGCAGCUCUUGACAAUCAUGCAGGAUCUGGCACUUCAGCAGGGUAAAAUCAACAUCCUGGAUUCCAGUCCAAUGUGGACUCUGAUCUCGGAAAGAAUGCACGGAACCAGGACACGCCACCAAUGUCGGCACCGGUAUUCACAAACUCUCCAGCCUCGCCUCGAGCGCGGAGAAUGGACAGCGCCGAGUUCUGCUGCUGCUGCCGCUGCCGCUGCCGUUGCGGCUAACGCAGCCGUCGCUGCGAGCGCAUCGUCAUCGUCGUCCUCCAAGCAAGCAUCUCAACAGCAACAUCUUCAAGCUCACAAUAACCACCUGGGCCUCGGACUUAGCCCUAACCCUGGCCUCAGCCCCAACCAUGGCAUCAGUUCCGGUCACGAACGAGGCAAGACUACAACCGAGCAGGAUGUUCUAAUACUUGCGGCGGCGCUUCAAGGUGUCCUUCCCGAUUCCGAUAACGACCAUAUGCUUUGGUCACAAGCCGUGGCAAACGAUAUACAAAACUCAAGCCAUCUGCACGGCCAGGAUGCCCACCAUAACAUUUCUCCUGGAUCUCACGACCCCUUCACAGCAGCCGCCAUUGCAGCAGCCGCCUCACUUCCACUCCCCACGAUUGUUCCCAAGGCUCCCAAAGGUCCGAUUCGACGCCGCUCCGGACUCCAGCAGCAAUUGGAUACACUCAGGAUCAUUCAAGAGGAUGGCUAUACCGACCAUACUGAUAUCGAUUGGUCCAACAUCGCUCAGCGACUCAGAGACAGAGUGGAGGAGGCUAAUGCGAUCCAAUUGGCCAAGAUCAUUCAGACGCACGACCAACUCGACUCUAAGAAACAACGACAUCUCCAAGACGGCGACAGUACUGCAGCAGCUGCAGCAGCAGCAUCGGCAGCCAUGGCAGCAGCAGUCUCUGCGGCACAAGCUGAAGCAGUGGCGAGUUUGCAGAGAGUCCCUGCCGCCAACCAAUGUGCACGGACGUUCAUGUCCUCUCGUUGCAAGAUUGAGGGCUAUCGUGAUAUGACCCUACAGCAGGUGAUUGUGUUCAUGAUGAAGGAUGUUGAGCGGCGUAUCAUGCAUCGAAGGGGUGGACCUGGCAGCUCGAGCAAAAGGGCUGCAUCGCCAAGCGGAGGAGCCGAGGAGUCCUCCUCCAAGUCGCCGUCUGGAGCGUUGUCGAAGGAGGCUUCCAAUGAGGCAGUCAUCCAACAACAGGAGAUUAUCAUCAAUAACGCUGCUCAGCAAGCGGCUAUCGCAGCCCUUUCAGCACAGUUUCCAUUCCUGCAGCAAUAUCAUCACCACCACGGCCAGUCGGCACUAGCACAUGCUCUGUCGGACCCCUCAGGGCAUCUUUCUUCCCACCACUCCUUCGCCGCCAGCGCAAUCCCUCAAACGUCCACAGCACCGCCAUCGUCAGGUCACUCUACACACUCACAGGAGCCAUUGGAGAACUUGUCGGUCGAACAACGGGCUCAGCGCCAGCAGGAAUUAGAGACACAGCAGCACAACCACGAUCUUGCGGAGCAAAUGCUAAACUUUGCUUUCUCGAUCACAGAUAUGUCUCAUCACCCACAUCAACACUUCAGCAGCUAUCACCAACAACAACCACAACAACACAACCACCAACAGCAAGGGUCAGCGAUCUUGAUGUCUCCUUCGAUGUCUUCGUCGUCUUCAGUAACAUCCGCUCCACCUUCUCCGUGGCCGGUCGACGAGGCUUCGGCGGCGAGCGCUUCUCAACGAGAGAAACAGGCGACCCGGCGGGUUCUUCAUGCGCUCAAGUCGAGCGACUUUGCAACCGACACGAGUGAAGAUGACGAUGAGGCGGAGGACGUAUCACAAGGCAAUCUUCAAGGACCAUAG